AUUUCAUGGUUUAUAAAUAGUGAACCAAAAGUCUACUAUACCAUUCUUCUUUAUUGAAGGAACGAAAGAAGAAAUUCCCUCUGAUCAACUUGUUCCUUCUCAAUUCCUAAAUUAAGUCUCUCUCCUCCGUCCACGACGGUGCACCACCAGUCCACCACCAUGGUUCUAUCCAAGGCCGCCUCGGAGAACGAUGUCUCCGUUCAUUCCACCUUCGCUUCUCGCUAUGUCCGAGUUUCUCUUCCACGGUUUCAGAUGCCAGAGAAUUCAAUACCAAAGGAAGCAGCAUAUCAAAUAAUAAACGAUGAGUUGAUGUUGGAUGGAAACCCAAGGCUGAAUUUGGCGUCGUUUGUGACGACGUGGAUGGAACCAGAGUGUGAUAAGCUAAUCAUGGCUGCCAUUAACAAAAACUAUGUUGACAUGGAUGAAUAUCCUGUCACCACUGAGCUUCAGAAUCGAUGUGUAAACAUGAUAGCACAUUUAUUUAAUGCACCAUUGGGAGAGGAAGAGACUGCAGUUGGAGUUGGAACAGUUGGAUCCUCAGAAGCCAUAAUGCUUGCUGGAUUAGCAUUUAAGAGAAAAUGGCAAAACAAAAUGAAAGCCCAAGGAAAACCCUAUGAUAAGCCCAAUAUUGUUACUGGGGCCAAUGUCCAGGUAUGUUGGGAGAAAUUUGCAAGGUAUUUCGAAGUAGAGCUAAAGGAAGUAAAGUUAGAGGAUGGGUACUACGUUAUGGACCCUGAGAAAGCUGUAGAAAUGGUGGAUGAGAACACUAUUUGUGUAGCUGCUAUCUUGGGUUCCACCCUUAAUGGAGAAUUUGAAGAUGUUAAACGUUUGAAUGAUCUCUUAGUCGAGAAGAACAAAGAAACUGGGUGGGACACUCCAAUUCAUGUGGAUGCAGCAAGUGGUGGAUUCAUUGCCCCAUUCCUAUAUCCAGAACUUGAAUGGGAUUUCAGAUUACCAUUAGUAAAAAGUAUUAAUGUAAGUGGUCACAAAUAUGGUCUUGUUUAUGCUGGUAUUGGUUGGGUUAUUUGGAGAAGCAAAGAAGAUUUGCCUGAAGAGCUUAUCUUCCAUAUUAAUUAUCUUGGUGCUGAUCAACCAACCUUCACCCUUAACUUUUCUAAAGGUUCUAGUCAAGUAAUUGCUCAAUAUUAUCAACUUAUUCGCUUAGGCUAUGAGGGAUAUAGGAAUAUUAUGGAGAAUUGUCAAGAAAAUGCUAGGGUACUCAAAGAAGGACUUGAAAAGACAGGAAAAUUCAACAUAGUUUCCAAAGAAAUUGGAGUUCCAUUAGUUGCAUUCUCUCUCAAAGACAACAGUAGACACAACGAAUUCGAGGUUUCGGACCAUCUUAGGAGGUUCGGGUGGAUUGUGCCAGCAUACACAAUGCCACCAAAUGCUGAGCACGUGACCGUGCUCAGGGUUGUGAUCCGAGAAGAUUUCUCCCGGACACUAGCUGAGAGGCUCGUGGCGGACAUUGAAAAAGUCCUCCAUGAGCUCGACUCGCUCCCGGCCAGAGUCUCAGCUAAGUUGGCUGCGGCCGAGGAGAGUAGCAGUGGAGUGCAUAAGAAAUCGGCAAUGGAAGUGCAAUUGGAGAUCACUAAUGUAUGGAAGAAGUUUGUUGCCGAAAAAAAGAAGACAAAAAAUGUAAUAUGUUAAAAGAGUUUAAGAAGAACAAAGGGGACUUUGAUUUUUCAUUUGAUUUCUUGGGCUUUUUGAGAGUUUUAGUACAAAUGUAAUUUUGAAGGAAGAUGGAGUUUGAUCUUCUUUU